CCUGCCGCCGCCCCUUGCCCCCGCUUGCGAGCGAGGGGACAGCGGGCUUACGCUGCACUGCAGCCACUAGAGGAAGGGUUGGCCGUGUGGAGCGGGGCGGGGGCGGUAGCGAGCAUGCGCAGGGGGAACCUUUUCGGGUGCUUGUGUUUGGCUAUUGGAAGAGCGGCGCAGAGCGUGGGACGCUCGGAAGCCGCCCUUGUACCAGGUUCUUCACUUUCGGUUAGAUCAGUGGCCUCACAAUGUGUGGUAUCUGGGCCCUGUUUGGGAGUGAUGAAUGCCUUUCUGUCCAGUGUCUAAGUGCCAUGAAGAUAGCACACAGAGGUCCUGAUGCAUUUCGUUUUGAGAAUGUCAAUGGAUUCACCAACUGCUGUUUUGGUUUCCACCGCCUUGCAGUUGUUGAUCAGUUAUAUGGUAUGCAGCCUAUCCGGGUGAAGAAAUUCCCAUAUCUGUGGCUGUGUUACAAUGGAGAAAUCUACAAUUUCAAGCAAUUGCAGAAGCAGUUUGGAUUUGAAUAUCAAACAUUAGGGGAUGGUGAGGUUAUCCUUCAUCUUUACAAUAGGGGAGGAAUAGAACAAACAGCAUCCAUGCUAGAUGGUGUAUUUGCUUUCAUCCUUCUGGACACUGCAAACAGAAAAGUGUUUCUGGCGAGAGAUACCUAUGGAGUCAGACCACUGUUUAAGGUGCUCACUGAUGAUGGAUUUUUGGGUGUCUGUUCAGAGGCAAAAGGACUUAUCAACUUAAAGCAUUCAACAUCCUUACGUCCUAAAGUGGAGCCAUUUCUCCCGGGUCAUUAUGAAGUGUUGGAUUUAAAGCCCUCAGGCAAAGUUGCAUCAGUGGAAUUGGUAAAAUUUCAUAGCUAUAAAGAUGAACCACUCCAUGCUGCAUGUGAUACAGUGGAAAAUCUGCCCUCAGGCUUUGAUCUUGAAACAGUGAAAAGCAAUAUUCGUAUUUUGUUUGAAAAUGCUGUUAGAAAACGUUUGAUGGCUCACAGAAGGAUUGGUUGUCUUCUGUCAGGAGGCUUAGAUUCCAGCUUGGUUGCAGCUGUUCUUCUAAAACUGAUGAAAGAAAUCAACAUCAGUUAUCCCUUACAAACCUUUGCAAUUGGAAUGGAAAACAGUCCUGACUUACUGGCUGCCAGAAAGGUGGCAGCACAUAUAGGCAGUGAACAUCAUGAAGUAAUAUUUAAUUCUGAAGAGGGAAUUCAGGCAAUAGAGGACGUUAUCUUUGCCUUGGAAACCUAUGAUAUAACAACUAUAAGAGCUUCAAUUGGUAUGUAUCUUGUCUCCAAAUAUAUACGGAAGAAAACAGACAGUGUGGUCAUUUUUUCAGGAGAGGGGUCAGAUGAACUGACACAAGGAUAUAUAUAUUUCCAUAAGGCACCAUCUCCCGAGGAAGCUGCAGAAGAGAGUGAGAGGCUUCUGAAGGAACUCUACCUGUUUGAUGUACUUCGCGCAGACAGAACUACUGCAGCACACGGUCUUGAACUGAGAGUCCCAUUUUUGGAUCAUCGAUUUACUUCUUACUAUUUAUCUCUGCCAGCAGAACUGCGAAUCCCCAAGAAUGGAAUUGAAAAAUACCUUUUAAGACAGUCCUUUGAAGAUUCCAACUUGCUUCCCAAAGAAAUACUCUGGAGACCGAAAGAAGCUUUCAGUGAUGGUAUAGCAUCAGUAAAGAAAUCCUGGUUUUCUAUUCUUCAGGACUAUAUUGAUCAACAGGUUGAUGACCUUUUGCUGGAAAAGGCAGCAGAGAAAUAUCCUUUCAAUCCUCCUAAAACAAAAGAGAGUUAUUACUACCGGCAGAUCUUUGAAAAGCACUACUCGGGGCAGAGCAGCUGGCUGCCUCACUACUGGAUGCCCAGAUGGGUCAAGGCUACUGAUCCUUCUGCUCGCACAUUGAAGCAUUACAAGUCAGCUACCCAAGAAUAGGCUGUUGAAAUAGUGCCCCAAACACAAGUGCUGCAGGCAGUUUGCAUGCACGCUGCUUCAAAAAAAAAAAAGAAAAACGACCCCACCAAAACCCAAACAUAAAAUUAUGCAAACCCAAAGCUUAAAUGGUCUUUAAGAUCAUUUUGAUAAUGCUAUUGGAAAUAAGAGCUUUCUGUGGUUAGUGUUUUAGUAAAAAUUACCCUGGUCUACCAAAACUUUGUAGUUCAUGGAAAAAUAAUUUAUAGACAAGGAACUACCUUGUUUUGCAGCUCUGUUUCUUAUGUGACUUUGACUGUUUUCAUUUGCCGUUCAAUCAUUUCAUAUGUUUUAAUGUGAGCUUUGUUUUGAGGACGUGAAUGAAGUUAAGUGAUGCAAACUGCUGCAGGCCCUCUGAGCAAAGGGGAAUGUGACCCUCACUAUUUAGUGAUUUAUGCUCCUGGCUGUGGGAUUUGGAUACCCUGUCUGUACUAUCCUAUUAAAUGCCAUUCUAAGCAUUCCUGAGAACUUUGGUGAGGUUCUCAAAAGGUAUUUAGAUAUUCAUAGCUAUGCAGAGGUGCUUACUAGAGUUUUAUAAAAGUGAUGGUGCUGGGUGUUACAUGAGUAGAAAUCUUAAGUCGUUACUGUACCAGUUGACUGGUUUGAGUCUUGUAAAUAUACCAACAGUCUGAAGAUACUGUGCCUGCUAUCAAAGGGCAGAACAGAUAAGAGAAGCCAGGAUAUGUCCUUUCUAACUGAAAGGCUUCCAUUUUUUAAUGUGUUUAUUGUUCUUGCAAAUAGAGUGUUAACUAGGUGAUUUGUAUCUGUCUGAUGUAAGAAUUUUUUUCACUUAUUGUGAGAGUUUUUCCAGCUGUAUGAAGAGGCAGAUUAUGUUGCUGCUCAACUGUAUGUGGCUAACUGUGUGAUGAACCAUCCCUGUUAUCCAUAGGUUUUAGUCAGACAACGUGUCACCGAACACAAUGUGAUCAGACACCUUGCAUGGAAAAAUUGGAAAAAAGAUUCUUCAAAAACCACAGAACUUCUAAUACCCAACUGAAAACCACCGUUUUUCACCCAGAACAUCUUUUAAGUGCUUAGGAAUGGGAGCUGUUUUUCUUUUUAAAGAUGUCUUAAACAUAUACAUGUGUGCUGCAGAAUGACUCCAUGAGCAUCAUGCUUUUUAUGAAGACAGAAGUCUAGUUUGUUGUCCCUCCUGACUAGGAAACCAAAGCCAAUUGUUAUUUGAAAGAUAAAAUACAAGCAAUUCUGGUUUUAAAUCUUCAUAAAA